AUGCUUCGUCCCCGACGUGGUUUUGUCAGGCGAUCACUACCGAAGUGCUUUCACGCUGAGGUGACAUUUGAAGAACGAUUUAUUGCCGGUAUGUGUUCGCUAGAAAUUAUCAAAAUAGGCUGCGUUGUCAGAGACGUUGACGCGGUCGAACACAUGCAGUACGACCAACUUCAAACAAAACGCCUAUUCGACUUCACACCGUUAAAAGUCGCUGCGCUAUAA